GGUAGAGGCGGUUUGGUUGGCUGUGAAGGAGGCAGGAGCAGGGAUAGGAUAGUUGUAUGAAAUGCGCCUCUUAGUUGUUUCAAGCUUUAUUGAAAGCGAGUAAUUUUAACAUAAAAUUAGACACCUCGCGGUCCAUUUAUUUGUUUUCAGAUUGUCCUGUUUUAUAACUUUUUUUCUGAACGGUUAUAACGAAGAUCUAGCUACAUCAAUAGCCUACUACUGGAUUACUUGACGAAAUAAAUAUACAUUUGCGUGUAUAAAUGUAUUUAUAUAUGCAAUCGGUAGGCUAUUCGUUUGCAUUAAAGUUAUCAACCUAAGCAUCAUCGUCGACUGCGAUGCGCAGAACCUAGAUUCAGUCAAUGUGUUUGCCUCCGAUAAAUUGUUACACGUGUUGCAAAGUGCAAAGUUCUUUCAUUAGCCUGUACUGGGCAACCUCAGCGGUGCAGUUCUUCUUCAUAGACCAAUCAGAUAUGAGUUGUAGUUGGUGCUAAAGGGCACACGACGCUCUUAUUCUCUCUCUCUCUAUAUUUAUUUUUUUAGACUUUUAUAUUUCAUUACCCCAUUUUAGUAUUUUACAAGAUGUCGUGCCUUUUGCUUGGACUUAUCAGAAGGCGGGGUGGAGUGGGGACAUCCGUGGGGGUCCGCUCCUUAGCCUCGAUCCCCUCCCUGCCUCCAGCGGUGGCUGACUUUGUGAAGAGGGCCGUGGAUGAGUGCAAGCCUGCCAAUGUGCAUGUGGUGACUGGGAGCGCGGAGGAGUCCGCCCACAUCCUAGCUGGCCUGGAGAAAGACGGCAUGGUGAAGAGGCUACCCAAGUAUGAGAACUGCUGGCUGGCACGUACAGACCCCAAGGACGUGGCUCGGGUGGAGAGUAAGACUGUGAUCGUCACCAAGAACCAGAGGGACACCAUCCCUAUCCCCGAUGGGGGGGCUAAGAGCCAGCUGGGCAGCUGGAUGAGCGAGGGUGACUUCCAGAAGGCCAGACAGGACCGCUUCCCAGGCUGCAUGGCAGGUCGAACCAUGUACGUGAUCCCCUUCAGCAUGGGCCCGGUGGGCUCUCCGCUGUCUAAGUUUGGCGUGCAGGUGACAGACUCCCCCUACGUGGUGGCCAGUAUGGGCAUUAUGACGCGCAUGGGCACCCCCGUCAUGGACAAACUGGCACAGGGGGCAGAGUUUGUACGCUGCCAGCACUCCCUCGGUCGACCCCUCCCACUGAAAGCUCCCCUGAUCAACUCGUGGCCGUGUAACCCAGAGAAGGUGCUGAUCUCCCACCUGCCAGACACCAGGCAGAUCCUGUCGUUCGGCAGUGGCUACGGAGGUAACUCCCUGCUGGGGAAGAAGUGCUUCGCCCUGAGGAUCGCCUCGCGCAUCGCCAAGGACGAGGGCUGGCUGGCCGAACACAUGCUGAUCCUGGGCAUCACCAAUCCUCAGGGAGUGAAGCGUUACGUGGCGGCGGCAUUUCCCAGUGCCUGUGGGAAAACUAACCUGGCCAUGAUGAAGCCUGCGCUGCCUGGCUGGACUGUGGAGUGUGUAGGAGACGACAUCGCCUGGAUGAAGUUCGACAGUCAGGGUAAACUCAGGGCAAUCAACCCAGAGAAAGCAGUCACUGACUGGCACGGCAAAUCCUGGAAAGCAGGAGACUCUGGCCCGUGUGCUCAUCCCAACUCCAGGUUCUGUACCCCGGCGGCCCAGUGCCCCAUCAUCGACCCCCAGUGGGAGAGUGACGAGGGUGUGCCCAUCGAUGCCAUCAUCUUCGGGGGCAGGAGGCCAGAGGGAGUCCCUCUGGUGUACGAGUCGUUUAACUGGCGCCACGGUGUGUUUGUAGGAGCCUCUAUGAGGUCUGAGGCCACAGCAGCUGCUGAGUACAAAGGCAAGGUUAUCAUGCACGACCCCUUCGCCAUGCGCCCCUUCUUCGGCUACAAUUUCGGUGACUACCUAGCCCACUGGCUGAGCAUGGAGACCCGCAAGGGCGCCACCCACCUGCCCAAGAUCUUCCAUGUCAACUGGUUCCGGAAGGACCCCACGUCGGGCUCUUUCCUCUGGCCGGGUUUCGGUGACAACGCCCGCGUUCUGGAGUGGAUCUUCAAGCGCUGCAGCCGUGAGAGGGAGGACGAGGCGGCCAAGAAGAGCAUGGUGGGCUGGGUGCCACUGGAGGGAGCCAUCAACCUGCAGGGACUGGGCAGCAAGGUGGACAUGGGUGCCCUCUUCGACCUGCCCAAGGCCUUCUGGGAGAAGGAGACCCAGGAGCUGAGGGCGUACUUUACCCAGCAGGUGGGAGCCGACCUCCCCCAACAGGUGGAGGGAGAGCUGAAGGCUCUGGAGGACAGGAUCAGGGAUUGAGAGGUGGAGGGACCAGAUGAUUCAGAGAGAGAAGAGAGAAAGUAUUGACUAUUGGACAUUAUACUACGCUGAUGCUGCUAUAUGGUAGUACUGACAAAAAAAAUUACUAACAAGCUAAUUUCAAUUUUGUGGAAACUGCUUUGCCUAUAUGUGGGUAGAUGUAAACCAAAGUUUCUAAAUUGUAAGAAAAUACAAUGAGAUGAUGUGACUGCAUCACUGAAGAAUGCAGUUCAUGCUACCACACACUGUCAGUGGCUAUAUCAGUAGGUUUUAGGUGAUGGAGCAGAAUCGGUGUUUAGCAGUACCUUACUGACAUCUUGCAAAGAAGUAUAAAGGUAUUGGAUGUUUACAAGCUUUAGCCCAAAUAAUCUAAUCUAAUCAGGACAAGCUUAAAUAUCCAUAUUCAUUUAAACAUUUUUAAACAGCAUUUUUUGUCACUUUUGUAUUGUUUCCAAUAAAAAUGAUUAUGAGCUAAUGUUUACACAUGAGAUAUGUAACAUGUUGGACCAAUAAAAAUGAUUUAAUGUGAAGGUUUUUAUUACAGUGCAAUUAAUAAACAACCUCAAAUUCA